AUGCCUCCUUGCGCCAACAUCACAAAUGGAACGAACUGGGCUCCAAAAGCAUCUUCCACUAAAGUUUCUUCAGUUCCAGGGCUGUAUAUCACCGGACUCGGGUCACAGUUCCCACCACAUCUUUUCGGUCCGGAAAAGCUAGAAGAGCUUGCAAGACGGUUAUACGAUGUUGAGAAGCCAGCUCUCAAGAAGCUCCUCCAAAUUAACCGCUCCACAGGCAUCGAGACCCGCGCGUCGGUCGGCACAUUUGAGACGACGAGCUUCGCAUCCCGACCAGACCCGCCGUCCAUCGCAGAGCUGAACGACCUCUUCCGCGACUCUGCCGGCGUCGACCUGGCCACACGAGCGUGCCGCAAGGCCCUCGACGAAUGGGGCGGCGACGCGUCCACCGAAAUCACCCACACCGUCGCCGUGACGUGCACAAACCAGGGCAACCCGGGCUACGACCUCUUGGUGGCGCAGCGCCUGGGCCUGGGCGCGAGAGUGGACCGCACGCUGCUCAGCGGCGUCGGCUGCGCGGGCGGGCUGGCUGUCCUCCGGUGCGCGGCGCAGCUGGCUGCCGGUGCUGCGGCUGGAGGUAGGCCGGCGAGGGUCUUGUGCUUUGCGUGCGAGGUGUGCACGCCCGGCAUGCGCCGCGAGCUGGCCGAGGUGGAUGCGUGUGGUGACGAUGUGACUGGUAUGAGCAUUGCGGGCGCGCUUUUUGCCGACGGCGCGGCUGCGUUUGUGCUCUGCAAUGAGCUUGGCAUGCCAGAGGAGCAGGGUGAUGGGACGGGGAAGCCGCUCCUGCAGCUGCUUGAAUGGGACAACGCCGUCAUCCCAGACUCGAUGCAGCACUUGGGGAGCUACGUCGACCCGCUCGGCUUCCGAACCAUACUGACGCGAGACGUGCCGGGGCUGACGGUCAAGGCGGUAAGACCGAUGCUGGAGUCGCUGCUGCGGCUGCCGUCUCUCCGCGAGCAGCUCGGCCCCUCAGCUGAAGGCCUCGGGGCGGCGGACCUCGACUGGGCGCUGCAUCCGGGCGGGCAGGCCAUCAUUGCUGGCGUCCAGGCGAGCCUGGUCCUGACUGACGACCAGCUGCGCGCCACCAAGCAGAUAUACCGCACCAGGGGCAACUCGUCCAGCUCUGCCGUUUUGGCGGUUCUUGAUCUGCUGUGUGGGAUGGGGAGGGGUAAGGAUCAUGUUGUUGCCGCUUCGUUUGGGCCGGGAAUCGCCAUUGAAAUGGCGCUUUUUAGGAGAUGUCGCUGA